CAUGGCGACUGACGAGUCGGCCUACUAUGGGAAGUGGAAAAUUGUAGAGUGUGUCUCGCUUGCGGGGACGGUGGAACCCACUGGUAUUGAAGGGACUGAGUUUCAUCUGGACGAGAGUGGAGAUGUUUCCUGGAAAGUGUCUGAUGAUGCAGAACCUAUGCCUUUCUUCACUUGUGAGACAUAUGAGGUAACACCUGCCACAGCUGGUGAACCAGCCAUUCUGAAAUUCUUUGGAACCUUUGCUGGCCAUGUAAUUGAGUUUAGGGUCAAUGUUUCAGAUGAUCUGAUGUUGCUUACCUAUGAACGAUGUUGUAUGCUACAGUGUCAAAAGAUAUCUUCGUGUGACCCUAAAGAAGAUGUACCAUUCUCAUUCCUUGGAGCUUUGGAAGAAGGAUAUUUCUCUGAUCUUGUCAUUAAAGCAGAUUCAGGAAAAGAGUUUAAGGUUCAUGAGACCCUGCUGAGAUUGAGUGCUGUUGGUGUUGAUUGGUCGCGGUGCCCACCCCCACUGUCAGGUUUACGAGAAGAUGUCCUCUACACGGUUCUCUAUUACUUGUACUCCGAGUGCCUUCCCAGAGGCCUGUCUGAGGACACAGCAAAGCACUGUAUCAAAGAAGUCAGCAAUUUACAUGGCUUUGAAAAGUUCAGUAGUAUAUGUGAAACAUUUCUGAAGAAUACAGCUUUAAAGCAACAGAUAACAAGCCUGGUGACAGACAUGCAUGCAUGUGCAGACCGUAUUAUAGAUCUGUUCAGUGGUAAAGGAGAUGGCUCCCAGUCACAGGAAGAAGGCCUACUCUCUAACCCAGCUCGCCUCUGUUACGUGGCUAAGCAAGCUCUUAGGGAGGGAGCUGUUGCCAGUGCCAAACUACUUAUACUUUGUGAUCUGUUUUCAAGAAGAAAGGGAGAGUUGUCAAGAGAAGAAAGACAUGAAAUAAUCAAAUAUGCCAAAUCAAGGCUACCUGUUUUCAUGAACCAGUUGCAUAAAUUCUUGGAAGUGUGCAAACAACAUUGUUCCUCACUCUGCCCCAGUCAAAGGAAUGAAAUAGCUACUUAUUUAGUGCCUGAGAUAGAGACUACGCUGGAUACAAUAUCAAAAUUUGUAGUGGAAACAAAGUCAGCUCUAGAGCAAGUGAUAAACUCAAGUGGUACAGUAGAAAAGUCAGAAAAAUCUACUGACAAACAAGACAAGCAUAAAAAGGGGAAUGUCGGAGAUGUUUUGGGGAAAACGCUGAAAAAUGCAUUACACAUGAGAGAACUUAUGAAGUUGAAGAAUUUCCAUGACAAAACAUCAGCUAGUUUUAUGCACCUCAUGCUGAAAAAGGAAAACUUUAGUACAAUGACCCAGUCGGAAAAAAUCAGAUCAGUUUCUAAGAACUUGGAACAACUAAUUGAUGAGGUACCGCUAUUCCUGAUCAGGCUAGAGGAGCUCAUGGCAGCGUUAGAUGAGAAGGUCACAUGGAGGGAGUGGAAAUACCUGUUCAAGCUCGGCACGUCAAAAGUGGCGUGGGGCCUGGGUAAAGUGCUAACCCACAGAAGUACCCUCAAAUCCAUGAUCAGUCGUGCUAAUGACAUAGUACACAGGGACCAGUUCACCGGCUCGCUGACCUCCCUGGGGCUGCUGGACCCACCUGUGGGAGCUGAGGGCGGGUCGGCCAAUAGCACACUGAAACCUGCACUUAAUACCAGAUAUGUACAGCUAAGUUCGGUGGAAUCAAUAUGCACCCCUCCAUAUGCCCGUGACAGCGCCACAGCCAGCAGGGCUCUGGAGCUACUGAGGAAGGCAGAGCGGACAGACAUGACCUUUGAAAUAAUAACUGUUCAUGAUCAAGGAGACAUUGUGAUAGAUCACACCCAGGGAGAGCCUGUAGAGAGGUCCGAGUCAGAGAGAGAUGUAGAUAUUCAUCCGAUCAAAGCUCACUGUGUUAUAAUAGCAGCACGCUGUGAUUGGUUCAGAAGAGCUCUGUUAAGUGGCAUGAGGGAAUCCAUUGACAAAAAAAUAACAGUUCAUGACACCAACCCGGAGUUGUUUAAGUUGUUUCUGGAGUACCUCUACUCUGGCCAGCUAGAGGUGAAUGAACUGUCUACAGAACAGCUGGUGGAGAUGAUGACUGUGGCCGACAGAUAUGAGGUGGACAGUUUGACAUGUUUAUGUGAACAUUCCCUGAAGCACCAUAUAGAUGAAGACACAGCUCUGUAUCUACUCAGCUUAGCAGACCAAUUAAAUGUGAAGUACCUAAGGGACAACACGUUGAGCUUUAUAAUGGAGCACCCUAAUAUCACAGAGAGUGAGCUGUUUGAAGAUCUCCCUGAGCACCUGCAGACUGCGGUUGAGGAUGCGGUUGCCUGGCAUGGGAUUGAACCAAGAAGUAGAAACCUCAGUGGUCAUUCCAACACAGACACUCCAGUUUCCAGUGGCUUAGAAAUGGAUGAGCUGAUUAAGGAUAUUGAUCUUGGAGACAGUUGUGACUUGUCAACUUCGACCUCGUCAGAGGAGCUCCCCUUAGUGGAGGAUACCGCACGGUUGGACUCUUGUUUGGAAGCUCUGCAGGACAUUGUCGGGGAUUCGGUACCACGUGAGGAACUAGUCAGAGUAUCUCUGGCUGCAGACUAUGACAUUAACCGAGCUUUGAACUAUUUUUUCUCAUCAGAGUGACAACUGUAGGUUUAUGUGACAAUGUAUAACUAUAUAAACCUGUAGUAUACUGACAUUUCAUUUGUAGAAGAUGGCCAACUUUGGGUUAAAAACCAGAACUAUGUCAGCAUUGUAUAGAAGAAAAUGUAAAUAUUUGUACAUGUUACUUUCUAUAUAAGUGGACUGUUUCUUAUCAUUCGACACUCUUCCCUUUUUUUCUACCACAAGAUUCAGGUGUUUUUGGUCAGUAGAUCUGAUGCUUACUCCUGUCACUUUAUGGAUGCAUUUAAGAAGUGUGAAUUAUUUCACGUACAGUUCAGCUGUUAUGUUGAUAUGUGAAGACUAACCACUGUUAUAUUUUACACUGAAACAAUGUUUGACACCACAUUUUCAAAUUUCGAUUGUUCUCAUACUGCUUUUAGAAACGUUGUUGGCAUUUGAUAUGUAUAUCAGUAAUUUCAUAUUUUUGCACCAAACUGUUGCCAUAGCAGCCAGUUUGUAAGCUGGUACUGUGGACUGCUACUGCUUGUUGUACAAAACUGUUGGCUAGAUAUGUCUUUGCUAAAAGCAGUGCUGUUUGAAGAGAAAAUCUUUGUUACUGUAUUAAUUCUUGAUGUGUAUUUAGUUUUUGGGAUUUUAUUGUUGGGAUGUGCAAUUGUUCUGUAUUUCUUUCUCUGGCCAUUAAUAUUAAUCCUCAGGAAGAGUGAAAAAUAUCUUACUUAAUAUAUGUCAGAAUACAUGAUAAAUCCUAUGACUUAAGAUCACUUCUUCUGAAAGAAUAAAAUCAAAUUCGUGAAAUUUUUUUUUUCAAAAAAAAGCUGGAAUCAGACUUAAUAAUUCUCUUAUUACGAUGAAUGAUUGAUAGACAUAUCACUGAGGAAAACAGACAAAUGUUGGGGAGCUGUUUUGAAUACACUGACACUCCACUGAAUUUACUGUACUAGAAUACUUAACUGCAUAUAUUAAUUUUAAUAUUUGUUUUAUAUUUAUAAACAACCUUGACAUUUGAAAAAGAUGCCUCUUUUUUUUUCUUUUUUUUUUGCAGCUUUCGUGAAAUGUGAUUAUUUUACAUCUUAGAUUUGUCUAUUUACCAUUGUUAGGCACCAAGGAAAGCAUUGUUGAUUCAGAUUUAAAUUACUGAUGUUCUCAAUAUGGUUUAUGUAUUUCUGAGCAACUUUCAUUCAUGUUUGCUUUAUUCAUAGUUAUUUUCAUAUUAAAGAUAGUUCUUUUGUAUUCCAAUUCCUGAUAUGUGUUGAAAAUACAGUGAAAAGGUUUUUUUACAAACAUUAAGUCUAAAACAUGUAAGUCAUUAAGUCUAAAACUUAAAUAUGUUUCAUAAUAAUUGGGAAGAAAAGGCUUGUUUAAGAUUACUGUACACAAACGAUACAUUGUAUUUCACUUUAUUAUGCCCCUUGUCUGUUAAACUCCUGAGUUAAUCCACUUAAAAGGUACUCCAAAAGGUUUGUUGCACAGUUCCAGUUAUGGUUAAGAUAAAUGUCAUUUUUUGCAUAUGCUACUGAGUACAAAGCCACAAGGCAAACGUUGUGUAUGGACAGUGAACCAUGUGCCAAAUCACAGUUACAGCUAUGUUGGGUACUGGUAAAAAGCAUGCCCAAAGAAACAUUCAAUUUGCCUCAUCAACCAGAUUAAUAAAAACAGGAGUUGAUUGAUUUGUGACAAAUCUGUUGUUAAUUCAUUGAUAGAAUGAUUGCAUAUACUUGUGAAUAGAUGCGUAUGGCUUGAAUUUAGUUGACUUAUCAUUGCAGUGAAUUGUUU